CCCGCUGCCCCGAUUAUGCGACACGGUUCUUACUCGCAAUCAAUCAUAACACGGUGAAUGUUGACAGUCGGUGUCUUGUCUCAUACUUUUCGAACGACUACAUGUUUCCAGCUCUCUACGACGAUCCACAUCCGCGGACAAAUACAGCCCACUCGAUCUCAGUGGAAUUCUCUUUGCGACCCGAAACGUAGCUUGUUUCAGCCCCAUUCUCGGCACACCGAUCGCGUGCCUGGCUCGAAGAGUGCGGAUCGCAUCAGGUGCGACCAUCUCUUGGGCUGAUCCACCGCACUGCUACGUCCAGACAGCACAAUGAUCAUCGAGCUUGGCAGCAGAUAGCACUAGCAAACCACAGGUCUUGGGAAGGAAUUGCGAGUCGCUUGCGCAGCCGCCAUGAAGGGCGAUCGAAGCGAAGCGGCUUCCCGUCGUAGCAGCGUCACGUCUGAUCGUCUACAUCGCCGCGGAUCUCAUCCGGACUCUUCCUCUUCUUCAGCUCGACGAAAUGGUAAGCCUAGGAAGACGGGAGAUAUCGAAGGCCAACAGGAAGCUGAUGGGGAAAGCGACGAAAGCAAUGAAGAUCGCCUGGUGCGGAGACUUCAUCCAGUCAGCAGAAGCGAGGAGGACGAGGAAGAAGCUGAAGCUAGCGCCGAGGAUGCGCAAGAGAGCUUCGAAGAAAGCGUAGACGAAGAUGCGAUGCCAGUGCAAGGCCAGCCAUCCUCUAACGAACACUCUGCCGCUCCGCUCAACCCUGAGGAGUCGGCGCAUGCAACCCACGUGUCCGGACAGUCGAUUCGGAAGAGGCGAGGUCACGUUCCAGCUCCUGUCGUUGUCAAGGACUUUGCGAAGCCCACUCUGGCUCUCGCAUCCCCUUCUUCUAGCGGCAAGCCUUCAAGCGGUGUGCCCAUGGCGCGCGCCGUCAGCUUCAGACCCGACGAGCCCAAAGCUCAGCGAUUGGCUAGACAGGAACAAAGCACUGCCAUUUGGCCCGAUCAGGCAUCAGGCUCGACGCGGCAGACAGAAGAUGGUGAUGAAUGGGACGCGAGCUCCAUAAUGACUGCAACAACCGCAACCGAUGCCGACACGGAGGGAACGUCGGGUGCGGGUCGAGACUAUCGUGGGCGCUUCGCUCCCUUGCGCGUGCUCCGACGGCAUCGCGCCAAAGAGGAGGCGGAAGCAGAAGCGGAGCUGUCUUCGGAUGAAGAGAUGGAGAAGGAAGCUCGUCAAGUUCGAAUCUAUCGUAGAACACCAGUGGUCAGCGGAACCAUUGCGCCUUUCAGCAUCAUGCUCGAGAUUCCAGGCAUCACUUCUCGAUGGUAUGUUCGCACCGGUCCGGACAACAGACCCAUCGCCUAUCGCAACAAUCCAAUCAUUCUGGACGUGGGACUCGCCAUCUCUCUUGCCUGCGCCGUGGUAGCCAACUUUUGCAUCAUUGCGCGCUUCACCGAGAGGCUGUCUCCUCGAACAUCAACCCUCAUCGCUAUUCUAGGCUUUUGUUUGCACGAUAUUGUCAAUUGUGUGGCGCUCAUCAUCUUUGGCGUGGUGCAUGCCGUCGACGAUGGUUUUACGUACUCGGAGUCCUACUGGAUGACUGCUGCCGCUACUGCGGUCUCUAUGCUCUGCACAGUCAGCCUCAUUUGGGACUUUGCAUCCACCAAGAGGUUUCAACAUGCAGGAAGCGGCCUCACGCCCAAACAAACCAAGCUCGUCCUCGUCAUCAUGUCCUUUUUGGUAUAUCUUUCCCUCUCCGCACUGAUCUUUGCACUCUUGCACUCGCCAAGCCUCAACUUCCUGGACAGCGUCUACUUUACCGUCGUCACUUUCCUCUCCAUUGGUUUUGGCGACAUUGCACCCAAUGACGUCGCUAUGAGAAUCCUGUUCCUCUUUUUGAUGCCUCCUGGAAUAGUCCUGCUAGGUCUCGUGAUUGCAACAGCACGCGAGUCGAUCUUAGAGGAGUUUGAGCUGAGCUACAAGAAACGACGAGCCCUGUUCAGACAGCGGCUCAAGGAGCGAUCUGAAGCUCGCAGACAUAAUCGAAGACUCACUCGAGCCGUUCGCAAGAGCUUCGGAAGGGGCGGAGCCGCCGUGGCAGGCAGCGCCAGCAAAGCAAACAACGGCGCCGACGCCCUGCCUCCGGAGGACGCGAGUCUGAAGCACCUUCGCAACGGAGUGGCAGAACUCGCUACUGCACAAAGCUUGGGCCCGACUGGCACGCACGAAUACUUGGAUUGCUCCCCGGGCGCAGAAGACCCAGAGCGAUCGCCCACCCAGAUUGCCCGAAUUCGGGACGUGUCAGAAUGGUUGCGUGGCGGUGGCGGAAGCCCACACCGUAGUUUCUCCAUCGGCGCAAAGCAUGGCCGAAUUGGAAGCAACUUGGAAGCAGCCAAGCACGACGCAGUCCGAGCUUCUCCGCCAUCUAGUGUCACGCCGUUGCAGGGUAUCGAGACAAGGGAAGAGAGCUCGCCGACGGUCCCGGUUGCGUGUGGAGCCUCGACAGAUGUGAGACGAGUGGACGGAGACGAUGGUGGAGUAGUGAUGGCCGAGCCGUCGCCUGCGCCUGCGCCUGCGCCUGCGCCAGCGCCGGCACUCAGCAGCUUGGCACAAGAGAUGGCCCAAAUGGAAGCUGCGCUGACCACGCAGAGGCAAGUGCUGGACGAAACUUGGAAAUCUUUUCGUCAGCAACUCGACGCAUCGGAGCAGCGCCAAUUUUGGCUGAAGCUCGCUGGCAGUUUUCUGCUCUUUCUGGCUUUCUGGCUUGUUGGAGCCGCAGUCUUCUCCGCCACGGAAGGCUUCACUUUUUUCCAAGCGCUGUACUUUGCCCUCGUCGCUGCUUCGACCGUGGGCUACGGAGAUUUCUCUGUCAGCACGCCGGCAGGCAAAGCGUUCUUCAUCUGCUGGAGUUUGCUCGGAGUCGGAGUGCUGUCCAUCUUGUUUGCCGUCAUGUCCGAUGCCUGGGCUAGCAUGGCUGCUAAAAAUAGCGGCAAGCGGAAGACUCGUCGUGCUGGAGCGCGAAUCUCGGCAGCCAUUCGCAGCUCGCUUCAUCUUCGCGGAAGCAAGCCCGCAGAUGCGAAUCAGGCGUGUGCAGAGGGCGGAACAGCGACGCGUGGUGUCGGGGACGUGAAGACGGCUGUACCCGACAGCCCUUUGGCGGCCGCUGCGGAGAAAGAUGCUCAAGCCCUCACGCUCGAGAAGAAGAUGAGCAUCGACGAGUCUGCUUACAAAAACCCCGCAGACAACGCAACUACCACAGAAAGUGUUGGAAUGGAGGCCUUGACGCCAGUCGCAACACGAACGACCCUCAAUUCUGACUUGGUCCAGGCUUCUCCGAGUAGGUACAGAGGCGGAGGCUUCUUGAGGCGCGCUUUGACUCGAGAUUCGACAUGGCGCAUGGAGUCACCGAGACGUUCCAUGUCCAUGAUACCUACCCAAAGCGCGGCGUUUCUGGGCUCUGCAGAGGCAUUCGACUCCGGUGAUGGAGACGCUGCGCCAAAGGAAAUGAUUGGAGACUCCAGCCCUUCGGCACCACUCGAGCCAAAGGCGAUGGCUGCCUCUCUUGCACCUCACGAGCUUCCUGUGCACUUUGCGCGUCACGCCUUGUCCUUUCACAAACACGGCUUUGCCAUGAUGCACACACAGCGAGCGCAAAUUGCACACGCUAUCCGUCAUCUUCCAGCUAUGGCUCGCGUAGAACAUCGCUUGAGACGCCAGCGGACGCUCGAUCCGCGACAUACUACAAAGAUAAGCAAGGCGGACGAGCAGGAAAUCCUGCAGGCUGCUCAGGAAAGCUCGGAGCCUGGAUUGGAAAUCGCCGUCCGACAGUGGAUCGAAAUGAUGUCGAUCGAAGACCUCUUGCAUCAGAUCUUUGCGGUGUCGUCCACCAUGUCGGAAUCGCUCGCGGAAAUCGAUUCGCUUCGCGCCGAAGUCGCGCAGUUGAAGGCUGCCAAGGGCGAUGAUCUCGAAGGAAGGAAAGGGAUGCCGGAAAGCGCACGAGAGAGCACUCUACCGCAGCAGCUCGCCUCGAGUGAUGCACCGCCCGCCUCGUUGCCUGACCCUUCCUCCAUCACGUAUGCCGGUCACAGAAGCGAUUCGCCGGAGCACUACGAUAUGCGCCGCAGCGACAGCCCCGUCUCCAUGUAACUUACUUGCACAAUGUAUUUUUCAGCUGAC